AUGGAACGGAGCAAAAGCAGGAGGACCAGCUUCGUCGGCAAACGCUGGGAGGCCGGUCCGGGCGCCGCGACAGUCGCGCAUCCGUGGCUCUUCCGCGGGCACUGGGAGCGCAUGGCCCAAUGGCGUCACAUAUGGGCAAAGCGCGAGCGCACAUCGGCGGGCCGGGAGCGCCUACCCAGGAGCACCGUGCCGCCGCCUUCAGGUCCUCCCCGCUUCACGUGCCUGGGCCAGCACCCUCGCCUGGGCAUCUACCGCGGAGCUGAGACGCCGCAUCCCGCGCUGUAUUACCCCACUCUGCCCAACAAGUCUACCUACUGUCCAGACUGGGGGCAGCAGCUCGAAUCCGAGGCCUGGAGCCGCAACAUGGGCUACCUGGAGAAGAACCCGGUGUGGGCGCAGCGGCGGUUGAUGCGAGAGGGCGGCGGUCCCGGCUGGUACGAGCUGCCGGGGCAGGAGGGCAAGCCCUUCGGCCUGGCCCGCAGCCCGCGCUUCAAGGAGAAGCCGACCCACCACACUCCAGGGCCAGGCACAUAUAAAACGGAGGAUAAGCAGAAGAAGACAGAAGGCACGGUGUGCCUCUUCGAGCGUGACGGCCUGGUGGGGCGAGCGAAGACCCGGACCAGUGGCUCGGGUCUGCCGCCGGGACUCCACCAUAAGGACCAGCCGCUGGCCAAGCCCUCCGUCACCAAGCGCGGGCCAUACGACGUCUUCACAGGCCCGCGAGACGAGUCGACGAUAAAGAACCACUUCGCGCCGCGUGCGUUCCGGGUGCAGCCUAAGGACAUGUACGUGCCGCCGAGCGACGCCGAGAAGCUGCUGGCGCGCAAGCGCUACGGCGUGUGGACGGCGACGGCGCGCUUCACGGCAGUGCCCACGAUGCGGCUGCUGCUGCAGCAGUACCGCGACCCCAAGGUGCCCGCGCCCGGCGCUUACGAGCCCGACCUGCCGCCGCUCAAACCCAAGCGCAGGCCGCGGUUUCGGUGCCGGCCGGAGCAGGUGUUCCGCGCCGAGGCGACGGGGGUCGCGUUCGGCGCUUCCCGCUCGCUGCAGCAGCGGCCGGCGGCCGGCGUCAUCAAGCCCGGACCUGGACCCGGGCGCUACCCGCGCCUCCCGCCCACCAUCCGCGACAUUUCCUACCACAGCGUCUUCCUCAGCCGCACCCAGCGCAACCCCUUCCCCAUGCCCGAGCGCAUGGACAUCUACGUCUGACCCUCCCACCAAAUCCCAGUGCCCAGAGUGCCAGUUAGCGUCGUAGUUAUUUUUCCUAGAGCUCUCCGUCCCGUCCCGUACCGUGUCAAUAAAGUAACUAC